GCUGCGCUGGAGUGCAGUGUAUAGAAACGGAGCAGGACACGUGAAACCAAACAGCGCAGCAUCCAGUGGGAUCAAAUGGAAGCUGUUAAAUAAUUUAAGUGUUCUCUGUCCGCAAAAUAAAUAAAAAAAAACAACAGGAUCUGAUCGUGGUACAGAAUGGGAGUGGACAGUCUUUUAGUGACAAAAGCUGCUCUCAAAUGAUCCAUGUUAACGGUACAGUCUCCGUGAAACCGCGAGGCCACACUUCAUUGCACCUCGUCUUAGUGCACAUCUCCAACGCACCAUGGCUCUGACUGUCCACCUCAAAUCGGUAACAGAUCUCAAUGGCAAGGGGGACAAGAUCGGCAAAGUAGUAUUCAGAGGGCUCUCAUUUUAUACACGGGUUCUGGAAAACUGUGACGAUGAAGCCAGAUUUGAUGAGACUUUCCGAUGGCCUAUUGCCAGUAACAUUGAUGGGAAUGAGAUGCUUGAAAUCCAGGUGUUCAACUACAGCAAAGUUUUUACAAAUAGGCUCAUUGGGACGUUCCGGAUGGUGUUACAGAAAGUGGUGGAAGAAGCACAGCUGGAAGUGUCAGACACAUUAAUAGAUGACAACAACACCCCCAUUCGAACAUCUGUUACCAUAGAGAUCAAAUACCAGGCUAUGGAUGGUACCAUGGCUUCUUGGAACGACGGCGAGUUCCUGGGCGAUCCCAAUCGAUCAGAAAAUGAUGGGACCUUUCAGUUUGAGACGGACAGCCUGUUGUCAGGACACAGCCAGGGCUCUGCAGUGUCUCCAGGGCGCUCCCACCUGAGCCUUCACUUAGGAGAGCGGUCCAUCAGAAAAUACAGCCUUGAAGAAGGGCAUGAGGAAGAGGAUGAUGGUGCUCUUGGCAAGCUUUCGAACAAACUUAAUGAUGGAUACCAGGCAGUUGCAAGUGAGGCUGAGGAACCCAUAGCUCAGGAUCAGAAGGAGAAAAGACAUAGCAUUAUAACCUUCAGCAAAGGAAAGGACAAAGCUGGAAAGGAUGCUAAGGACAGCAAAGGAGGCAAAGACAGUAAAGAGAAAGUAGGUAAGGGAGUGUUUUCAGCCAUGAAGCUGGGCAAGACACGUCCACCAAAAGAAGGCCACAAAAACAAAGAUGAGGCCGCUAUUUUGGAAACAGAGGACCUGGACAGGAAGGCCAUGCGUUUGGGGGGAGGGUUCGACCCGGAUACCAUCUCACUGGCCUCCGUCACUGCAGUCACCACCAAUGUCUCCAAUAAGAGAUCCAAACCUGAUAUUAAAAUGGAGCCCAGUGCUGGAAGACCAGUGGAUUACCAAGUUAGUAUUACCAUUAUUGAGGCACGUCAGCUGGUGGGUUUGAAUAUGGAUCCAGUCGUUUGUGUCGAGAUUGGAGACGACAAGAAAUACACAUCAAUGAAGGAAUCUACAAAUAGCCCUUACUACAAUGAGUACUUUGUUUUUGAGUUCCAUGUGCCUCCUGAUGUCAUGUUCGAUAAAAUCCUAAAGCUCUCAGUAAUACAUUCCAAAAACCUCCUGCGCAGCGGCACCUUGGUUGGCACAUUCAAGCUUGACAUAGGCACUGUCUACUCACAACCUGAACACCAGUUCUACCAUAAGUGGGCAAUCCUCUCCGACCCUGAUGACAUCACUGCAGGUGUGAAAGGUUAUGUAAAGUGUGACAUUGCUGUGGUCGCAAAAGGAGACAACAUUAAAAGCCCACACAAAGCAAACGAGACCGAUGAGGAUGAUAUAGAAGGGAACCUCCUACUGCCAGAGGGGGUCCCCUCAGAGAGGCAAUGGGCCCGCUAUUACAUCAAGAUCUACCGAGCUGAGGGGCUUCCAAAGAUGAACACCAGUAUUAUGGCUAAUAUGAAGAAAGCUUUCAUAGGAGAAAACAAAGACCUGGUGGACCCAUACGUGCAAGUUCUAUUUGCAGGACAAAGGGGAAAGACCUCAGUGCAGAAGAGCAGUUAUGAGCCAGUAUGGAAUGAACAAAUCUUAUUCACAGAAAUGUUUCCACCUCUCUGUAAGAGAAUGAAAAUUCAAAUACGAGAUUCGGACAAAGUAAACGAUGUAGCCAUAGGAACACAUUUUAUUGACCUGAGGAAGAUUUCCAAUGAUGGAGACAAAGGUUUUCUUCCAACACUGGGUCCAGCCUGGGUGAACAUGUAUGGUUCUACCCGCAACUACACCCUGAUGGACGAGCACCAGGACCUGAACGAGGGCCUGGGGGAAGGCGUCUCCUUCAGGGCCCGUCUGCUCAUCAGCAUUGUGGUGGAGAUCCUAGACACCGCCUCCACUGAGAUCAUGAGCACCACUGAGGUCCAGGUGGAGCAGAUCCAGAACAUCUCUGAGUAUGUCACUGGAAAAAUGGAAGAGUUCUUCCUCUUUGGAGCCUUCCUGGAAGCAACCAUGGUUGACAGAAAAAUUGGAGAUAAACCCAUCAGUUUUGAAGUUACAAUAGGUAACUAUGGAAAUCAGAUCGAUGGUGUGAACAAGCCAACCAUGCACAGGAAGAAGAAAGAUGGGGGAGACGGUGAUGAGGAGGAGUCUGAGCUCCUUCAGAACUCCAGUGAGGAUGAGGUUGAAGAUGAUGGGGACCUGGUGUCUGUCUCCACAACUCCUCCAAUGAAACCUGUUAUUACAGACAGGAAUUAUUUCCAUUUACCUUAUUUUGAAAAUAAGCCCUGUAUCUACAUUAAGAGCUGGUGGCAGGACCAAAGGAGAAGACUCUACAAUGCCAAUAUAAUGGACAAAAUCGCAGACAAGCUGGAGGAAGGGCUGAAUGACGUCCAGGAGAUUAUAAAAACGGAGAAAGCCUUUCCAGAACGUAGACUGCGGGGUGUUUUGGAGGAAUUGGGAAGCGGCUGCAACCGUUUUGUGACGCUUGCCAACAAGGACCAGAACCAGACUGGAAGGACAAAGCUGGACAGAGAGAGGCUCAAGUCCUGCAUGAGAGAGCUGGAGAACAUGUCAGCACAGGCCAAGACAACCCGUUCUCAAGUGAAGAAGAACACAGUGAAGGACAAGCUGAAACUGGUCCAAAACUUCCUGCAGAAACUGCGCUUCCUUGCUGACGAGCCGCAACACAGCAUCCCAGAUGUCUUCAUCUGGAUGAUGAAUAACAACAAGCGCAUUGCCUACGCCCGGAUCCCGUCCAAAGACAUCCUGUACUCUAUUGUGGAUGAAGAGUCUGGCAAGGACUGUGGAAAAGUCAAGACGGUCUUUCUGAAGUUGCCUGGUAAGAAAGGCUUUGGUCCUGCGGGCUGGACGGUGCAGGCUAAAAUGGAGCUGUACCUCUGGCUCGGUCUCAACAAGCAGCGCAAGGAUUUCCUGAGCGGCCUUCCUAAUGGCUUCGAGGAGAACAAAGCAGUCAAGGGCCCUGGUUUGCAGUCCCUCCCACCCAUCAGCCUAACCUACAUCAUGAAGCAGGAGUUCCAGCUAAGAGUGCACAUGUACCAGGCCCGCAGCCUUUUUGCAGCAGACAACAGUGGCCUGUCUGACCCCUUCGCCAGGGUCUUCUUUUCCACACACAGCCAGUGCACCGAGGUCUUAAACGAGACUCUGUGUCCCACUUGGGACCAGCUCCUGGUGUUUGAUAAUGUAGAACUCUUUGGGGAGGCCUGUGAAUUAAGGGAUGACCCUCCGAUCAUUGUCAUUGAGAUCUAUGACCAGGACACUGUGGGAAAAGCUGAAUUCAUUGGCAGAACCUUUGCCAAACCCAUCACAAAGAUGUCUGAUGAGCACUACGGGCCUCCACGCUUCCCCCCUCAGCUAGAGUACUACCAAAUCUACCGGGGGAACAACAUCGCUGGAGACCUGCUAGCAGCAUUCGAGCUCCUCCAGGUACCUUACAAUGAAGAGGAGAUUAGAAGAGCUUUACUGGCUGUCAAUGAUUUUGCUGUGCCAGAGAUUAAGAUUGGGGCUGCUGGAAAGGCCGACCUCCCUCCCAUUGACGGCCCCACUGAUUCAGAGAGAGGUCCCAUUCUUCCUGUUCCUAUGGGCAUCCGGCCAGUCCUUAGCAAAUACAGGAUUGAGGUGUUGUUCUGGGGUCUGAGAGACCUGAAGAGAGUGAACCUGGCCCAGGUGGACAGACCCCGAGUGGACAUUGAGUGUGCAGGGAAGGGGGUCCAGUCAGCUGUCAUCCAGAACUACAAGAAAAACCCCAACUUCAGCACCCUUGUCAAGUGGUUUGAAGUUGACCUCCCAGAGAAUGAGCUUCUUCACCCUCCUCUGAACAUCCGAGUGGUGGACUGCCGUGCCUUUGGGAGGUACACCUUGGUGGGAUCACACGCGGUUGGUUCUCUCCGCAAAUUCAUCUACAGGCCUCCAGACAAGACUGCAAGCAACUGGUCAACUGCAGCUAAGCUGAUGAGUGGCUGUCUGGCACUGACAAACGGGGGCCCGUACUCUCAUCCCACAGGUGAAAUAAUCGUGAACAUGGAGCCCGAGCCUCCUAUCAAGAAGAUGGAAACAUGUGUCAAGCUGGACUCCACCUCUGAUGCUGUUGUUAAAGUUGAUGUGCCUGAAGAAGACAAGAAGGAAAAGAAAAAGAAAAAAAAGAAAGGCGAGGAGAUUGAGGAGGAGGAGCCCGAUGAAAGCAUGCUGGACUGGUGGUCCAAAUAUUUUGCCUCCAUUGAGACCAUGACAGAACAACUGAAGGCACAAGAAGCAGCUGCUGCUGAAGCAGAAGAGAAGGAAGACAUGGAGAUAGCAGCAGAGGGUACAGAGAUCAAACCUGAUGAAUCUCAUGUGAAAGGCUCAAAAGGAAAGGAGAAGAGCAAGGAGAAGGGCAAAAGCUCCAAGGAGGACAAGAAGAAGAAGCAGCAACAAGCUGAUUUGUUGGAGAAGAAAAACAACAAGCAGAAGAUCGAUGAGCUACAUGUGUACAACAAAGAACUGGAACAGGAAUGUGGUAACUUUGAGGACUGGCUGCAUGCAUUCAACCUUUACAGAGGAAAGAUCGGAGAUGACGAUGACAACAUGACAGACGAGGAAAGGAUUGUUGGAAGAUACAAGGGUUCGCUAUGUGUAUAUAAAGUCCCGCUUCCAGAGGAUGUGACCAAGGAGGUUGGCUUUGACCCUAACUUUGGCAUGUUCCAAGGAAUCCCAAACAACGAUCCAAUCAACGUACUAGUCAGAGUGUAUGUGGUCAGGGCCACAGAUCUGCACCCUGCUGACAUCAAUGGAAAAGCUGACCCCUAUGUUGUUAUCAAACUGGGGAAAACUGAAAUCAAAGACAAAGAAAACUACAUUUCUAAACAGCUAAACCCCAUUUUUGGAAAGUCCUUCGAUAUUGAAGCCACCUUCCCGAUGGAGUCCAUGCUAACAGUCUCUGUCUUUGACUGGGAUUUAGUUGGAUCUGACGAUCUCAUUGGGGAAACAAAGAUUGACCUGGAGAAUCGAUUCUACAGCAAGCAAAGGGCAACCUGCGGCAUCGCACAGACUUAUUCCAUCCAUGGAUACAAUAACUGGAGGGACCCCAUGAAGCCCACCCAAAUCCUGACCAAGCUCUGUAAAGAGGGCAAAGUGGACGGACCUCACUUUGGACCAGGAGGGAGAGUUAAAGUGGCAAACAGGGUGUUCCUGGGACCAACUGAGCUCGAAGAUGAAAACGGGCUGAAGAAGCAGACAGAUGAGCACCUGGCCCUGAUUGCGCUCCAGCACUGGGAGGACAUCCCUCGCGCCGGCUGUAAACUGAUUCCUGAGCAUGUGGAGACCAGGCCUCUCCUCAACCCUGAGAAGCCAGGGAUCGAGCAGGGGCAUCUUGAGUUGUGGGUGGACAUGUUCCCCACGGAUAUGCCAGCGCCAGGGCCUGCCGUUGACAUCUCACCCAGGAAACCAAAGAAAUAUGAACUAAGAGUCAUAAUCUGGAAUACAGACGAGGUAAUUCUGGAAGACGAUGAUUACUUCACUGGAGAAAAAUCUAGUGACAUUUUUGUACGGGGCUGGCUGAAGGGACAGCAGGAGGACAAACAGGACACUGACGUCCACUAUCACUCACUGACCGGCGAAGGAAACUUCAACUGGCGUUUCAUCUUCCCAUUUGACUACCUGCGUGCUGAGGAGAAGAUUGUCAUGUCCAAGAAGGAGUCUAUGUUCUCCUGGGAUGAGACUGAGUACAAGAUCCCCGCCCGGCUCACCCUGCAAGUGUGGGACGCGGAUCACUUCUCUGCUGACGACUUCCUAGGGGCGAUCGAACUGGACCUGAACCGAUUUCCCCGGGGGGCUAAAACAGCAAAGCAGUGCUCUAUAGACAUGGUGCUGAAUGAGCAGGAGCUGCCGACUAUUUCCAUCUUCAAACAGAAAAGGGUCAAGGGCUGGUGGCCCUUUGUAGCCAGGAACGAGAAUGAUGAAAUGGAACUCACGGGUAAAGUGGAGGCAGAGCUCCAACUCUUAACUGCAGAAGAAGCUGAGAAGAGCCCCGCUGGUCUAGCCCGUAACGAGCCAGAGCCCUUGGAGAAACCAAACCGACCUGACACCUCUUUCAUCUGGUUCCUCAGCCCGCUUAAAUCCAUCAAGUACCUAGUCUGCACCCGCUACAAGUGGCUCAUCAUUAAGAUUGUGCUUGCUUUGCUGCUGCUGGCUAUGCUGGGUCUCUUCCUCUACAGCAUGCCAGGCUACAUGGUCAAGAAAUUGCUGGGAGCAUGAACGGGCAGCAGCGUUGGCUGGCUGGGUGGCACCUCUCACCAUCCUAUGUCCGUCCCUGCAUUCCAGUCUUCCUCACCACGGACACUCACUGUGGCUGGAAUUUCAGUUUUUAAUAUUGUCAUAACCAAAAACAUAACUCCUUUUCCCUGAAUAGAUUUUGUACAAGGCACUAACACUGCUUUCCCUGCACUGACUUUGGUUCUUUCUAUGCGCUUUAAAAAAAAAAGAAUUUUGCAGACCUAUCUACCAUUUUCUGUUUACCCCAAACAACCGACUCUAUACAGCUGAAAAGGCUGCUCACGGAAAGCAGCCCAGACUUGUAGCACUAACUUGCUCUCUCCAGCUGUUUAUUUAUUAUUUUUAUUAUUUUUUUAUUUCUGAGCAGACACCCUUAUCCAGGGCGACUUACAAUUGUUACAAGAUAUCACAUUAUUUUUUAAAUACAAUUACCCAUUUAUACAGUUGGGUUUUUACUGGAGCAAUCUAGGUAAAGUACCUUGCUCAAGAGUGCAGCAGCAGUGUCCCCCACCUGGGAUUGAACCCACGACCCUCCGGUCAAGAGUUCAGAGCCCUAACCACUACUCCACACUGCUGCCCUAUAACUUGACAUGCUCGCCAUUUAUAGUACUUGGGGUGGGGGGGUGGGGUUCUUAUGCAAGUUUGUGGAAAAAUAGGUAAAGUUUCAAACAAUAUCAUACACUUAAAAAAAAAAUAAUAAUAAUGUUUACAGGGUCUAGUUUUGUAUAUUGAAAUGCAAGGUGUUGACUUUCCUUUUGGCUGAUUUCAAGACAUGUUAUCAGUAUUUAUGUAUUAAUAAAUUAUCAUUUCACUUCAACGGCAGUGUUUUAAAUAUAAUCAAUAAUGAACAAACAUACAAAUAAAUUCACAUGAAUAGAUGAAAUCUGAUACAUUCCAAUGUGUUUCUCCAAACACCAAGUGUGAUUUAAUCAUGGAUUGGCCACUUCCUUUAUUUUAAGUUUUGCUUAUCUUGUUAACAAUAUUAUUUUGAUAGGAGUUUUCUUUCUUGUCAUAGUUGUCAUCUGAAUGUAUGCACAAGAAGCAAUGUGACUGUUAUUGUGGAAAGAAAGUCAUAGUGGAAAAAACAGUUCUUCCGGUUGCAAUGUAGCACGUUGGCAUUCAUUCUACAACAACCUGUGUUCACAAAGCUUUAUCAUCUUUUGUCUUUAAAGUAUACACAAAACGGGAGAAAUCGAACAAAAAAACAUGUAUUAUCUUAAUGUUAACGGUCUCUCAAGAGCAAAGAAAACCCUGCAGUGUGAAACUCCCAUAUAAUGUUGAUCAGUCUUGGUUUGCGGUGUGCGGUUCCCUAGGCGGAGUUUGCUCUUGUUUGAAAUGUAGCUAUAUACGAUUUGUAUUUUAAGCCCUUAUUUUGUUUAUUUAUUGAUUUAUUUAUGUAUUUGAUUGGAUUUGAUUUGCUCUUAUUUUUUUGUUUGUUUUUAGAAAAAAAGAAAAAGUCUGUAUUUAUAAUUUAGUUUUACAGUGUGCAAUAUUUGGUGUUCUAUUUUUGUUGUUUUGUCUGUAUCAAAUGAUGAUGAUGAUGAUGAUGAUCAAUAAAUGCUUGGCCUGUCUCA